CUCAACUACAAUGGCUUCAGAUAUUGCCACAAAGCCUCCAAAGGCCCGCCGAAAGCUGAAUAUGACCCCUAUCAAUGCCGAUGCCGAUGCCCUUGCCCUUGCCCAACAUGUCGAUUCCGCCACGAAAACCUACGGCCGCGGCGCCAAAAUCCGCACUAAAUCAGUAAAAGACAAGAAGCUCCGCGCAAACCUCCGUAGCCUCGAAUCAAAGUACAAAGAUGCGACACUGCAAGCGAAGGGUGCUGAGACUCUUCUCGAUCAUACAGCUGGCUUCCUCGAGCCCGAACAUGAGCUGGAGAGGACGUACAAAGUACGGCAGGACGAGAUUCGGGAGGAUGUUGGCAUUGAGACAGCGAAGAAGAGGUUUGAGUUAAGGCUAGAAGGACUUGGGCCGUACGAUGUAUGUGAAUAUACUAGAAAUGGGCGGGAUCUUCUCAUUGCGGGGAGGAAAGGGCAUGUCGCAUGCAUGGACUGGAGGGAUGGGAAGCUGGGAUGCGAGUUGCAGCUCAAUGAAACUAUAAGAGACGGAAAGUGGCUGCACAACAACCAAAGCUUUGCAGUGGCGCAGAAGAAGAACGUCUACAUAUAUGCACGGGAUGGCGUUGAGAUACAUCAGCUGAAGAAGCACGUCGAGGCCACGCAUCUGGAGUUCCUACCAUAUCACUUUCUGUUAGCAUCCGUGUCGAUGGCAGGCAUACUACGAUACACAGAUACAUCCACCGGGCAGAUGGUUUGCGAACUACCGACCCGGUUGGGCCCACCUACUUCUCUUUGCCAAAACCCUUAUAACGCAAUACUCCACGUCGGCCACCAGAAUGGAACAGUAACACUCUGGUCUCCAAAUACAUCAACGCCCCUUGUAAAGCUUCUUCCACACCAUGGUCCGGUUCGCGCGCUCUCCGUUGACCGCUCCGGUCGCUAUAUGGUUUCCACCGGCCAGGAUCGCCGUAUGUCCAUCUGGGACAUCCGUACCUUCAAAGAGCUCCACACCCACCACCUCCGACAACCCGGGUCCUCCAUUUCCAUCUCCGGCCGAAAUCUUACGGCCGUAGGUUGGGGCACCCAAGUCUCAAUCUUCAAAUCCGACAUUUUCACCCACUCGCCUGACUCAGACAUCAAAGUUCCCGCACCAUACAUGGCAUGGGGAGGCGAAGGUCAAAUGGUCUCCAAAGCAAAAUUCUGUCCCUUUGAAGACAUACUAGGGAUAUCACAUAAUCACGGCUUCAGUUCCAUCAUAGUCCCUGGCUCCGGAGAACCAAACCCUGACGCCCUCGAACCCGGAACUAAUCCCUUCGAAACCAGCAAACAGCGACGUGAGACGGAGGUCCACGCCCUGCUCCAGAAAUUGCAGCCCGAAAUGAUAUCUCUCGAUCCACACUUCAUUGGGAACAUUGACUUGGCGUCUGAAGAACAGCGCAAGAAGGAGAGGGAUUUGGACACGAAGCCGGAGGAUAAGGUGGCCAAGCUGAAGAAGAAAGGGAGAGGCAGGAAUAGUGCCUUGAGGAGACAUUUGAGGAAGAGUGGACAGAAGAAUGUUAUUGAUGAGGAGAAGACGAGAGCAAGGGAGACUUUGAGAAGUAUGGACAGGAGAGAGAUGGAGCGGGUGAAGAAGUUGAAGGAGGAAUAUGGACCCGCAUUGGAGAGAUUUGCGAGAAAGAGGUACUAGUCUUCCACUCAAAUUAAGGUAUAUGGUGUUUAGAAGGGUGGGUAGAAGACAUGGUUGCAUCAGCGCAUGGCGUUUUCGCUUGAUGGGUUUCUUCGGAUUCAAAAAUAU